CUAUACAAUAGCGCGGAAAUUUUGAAAGGUUUGGUGCCGGAAAUUGGGUGACUGAGAGGCAAUAUGAAUACCUCUACUCCUCAGUCAGGGGGACGCCAGAAGCCAUUGUCCUUGGUCGGGGAAUACUUGUCUCCAGCUACUAGACCGCAGCCCAUCAGUGCAGCAGGGACCCCCACUCUUCAGAAUUUCACCAGUAAUGAUGAUGAAUGGGAAAGAAAACAGCGGAGGCGCUCCAGGGUGAUUGAUCUACAGCUUAGUAAUGCCGAUUCUCCAGCAUCUAGCAUCUCUCCUGCUCAGAGGUCUGAGGCCAACUCACUCCUCCUGCCUAAGCUGUCAAAUGCUCAGAUCUCGGACCAUUACUCCACCUGCAUCAAGUUAUCUCAAGAGAAUAGAAUAACAACAAAGAAUGCAUUUGGACUACAUCUGAUUGACUACAUGGGUGACAUUCUGAAGGAGAAAGGAAGCGAACUUACUAACUUCAAGGUUGCUGCUGGGACACUGGAUGCCAGUGCCAAGAUCUAUGCCGUGCGAGUAGACGCAGUGCAUGCAGAUGUGUACAAAGUAUUGGGAGGCCUCGGAAAGGAAUCACAAGGAUCAGAGCAAGCAGCAGAGGUCCAGGAUGCUGGUGAUGCUGGUAAGGAGCCUCAAAAUAUGAAACGGAAGAAGAGGCAACACUCUGUGGAUACUAUUGAACAGAACUUGAACAACAUAUCUCGCUCAGCAAUAGACCGUGCUGAUCAGAUUGACCCUCUCUUUCAGAAAGCAGCUGCCUCAUUUGAUGAAUGCAGUACAGUGGGGGUUUUCCUGACUACUCUGCAUUGUUCCAAUUAUCACAGUGAGCUGCACUUUGAUAAUUACGUGAUACCACUGUCCACCAUCCAAGAGGAACAGGACCCAACUCCAACAUCUGUUGAUACAACUGAGCUGAAAGCUCUUCUGGAUCAGUGUGUGGAAAAACGUCCCCUAUGUCCAUCACUUGCAAAAUUUCGACUGAUGCAGCUGGGCGGCAAUGUCACGGAGGAAAAUCUGUUGUCAUUAACGGAUAAAUACAAGGAGAGCAACCAUGCCUUUGAUAUGAAUGCAGAAAUUGAGGAUGAUGGUCCUGAGCCUGCAGGUCCGGAGAUGGAUGACUUUGAUGCAGAUGUGUGUGAUGGAAAUGAAGCAGAAGAUCUGGGAGAGUUCGCAGAGCAGCGAGAGGCUUGCCGGGCAGAGAGAAAAGGGUCACAGGUAACUCAAAUUGCGGAUGCGGACAUUGGCACCAUGUGCCUACAGCUGUCAUCUCGCCCUGGAGAGUACUCAUACUUCAGUCCCCGCACCAUGUCCAUGUGGGCAGGCCCUGAACAUUGGCGUUUCCGGCCUCGGCAAAAAGUUGAGAUUGUUGGUGACAAACAGAAGAUCAAGAAGGCAAAGAAAGUGUUUGAACUGAACUUUGAAGAAGACAUUAAUUUUCAAACUCACUUUUGUAAAACUAGGGCAGCUACAACACUUGCAAAAAGCACACUCGAGAACCAAAAUAAAAAAGCCACAACACUGCCUGCUGAUUUCCAUUAUGAUCCAGACAGCAUUGCAAGGAUGAGCCUAAGACCAGCGGACAGGCACUACAACAAUCCCAAUGAUACCUCAAACUUCUGUCCAGCCUUGCACCUUUCAGACAGUGAUGAUGACGAUGGUCCUUUUGUGGGAGCCACAGAUGAAGGUGCAGAAUUUCCCAUACAGAAUGGAAGAGAUGAGAAGAGAGUAGGCUUUGAUGGGGAACACACUCUUAUUGCAGAACCACAGAAGGUGAAUAAAAUAGAGAUAAUCUAUGCCAAAACAGCCAAAAAGAUGGAUAUGAAGCAUCUCAAAACGAGUAUGUGGGGCCUCCUGGAAAAAACGCCAGAAAAAGCAGAUGAGCCAAAUCAUACGUCUGACAUAGAAAAACCAGCUAUUAAAGAAGAGAGGAUUUUCAGCAGUGUCACACGUGAACUGCAGAAAAGGUUGCCCACUGUCAUGGCACAGAAUCUUUCAGUACCACUGGCUUUUGCUUGUCUCUUGCAUCUAGCUAAUGAGAAGAAUUUAAAACUACAGGAAGUCGAAGAUCUCUCCGAUGUAUUAAUAAUGCAAGGAGACUGAUGAGAACGCAGGACUGUGCAGUCACAC